GAGCUUUGGGAGGUCUAACUAUGAAUCGAGUUGCCAUAGGUACUUAUGUGAGUUAUCAUUGGCUUGCACCAGAGAUAAGAGCACAAGUUGAAGCAAUAACUGUCAAUUGGGAUGCAGAACUUGACAAUGAUGAACUUGAACGAAUUCAAGCACAGUAUAAUUCUUAUCCCAAUACAUGCCAUUUUGAUCCAAACACCUCAUGGAAUAAUGAAGAUAUAUUGGAGCCACAAUCAGGGUUUCAAGCUCCAGAAGAGGAGACAUGUUUAAAUAAAAAUUUGGAGGUCCAAUCAAGUCAUUUGCUCAACUUAGUUGCUGAAAAGAUACAAGGUGAGUUACCUAGUGCAACAAUGAAAAAUCAAGAAGAAGAGGUGAACAUCUUACCCUUAGAGAUUGAAGGACAACUUGGAGAAGUAGAAAUUAUGCCUGCAGAAACUAAACAAGAGGAUGUCCCUAAGGAGGAAGAGGGAGAAGCUCAAGUAUCAUUUGAAGUGUUCAAUGAGGAGCCUCUUUUAACCAAAUCUGAUUUUAAUGAUUAUUUUGUUAUUGAUAUGGUUGAUGAGAUUUUGCAAAAAAACACUUAUGAGGAUCCAUUUGAGAUUUACCUUAUUCAAGCAAAGAACCCAAUCAAAAAAUACAUAAAUUGCUUGAACACAUCAUCUUCCUUGGAAUCAAAAGGGGCACUUCUAGAAGAAUUGGGAAGGCACAUCUGCUGGCCUAAACCCAAACCACCUCAAAAUAGUCAUUGGAGAAAAUCUUGUGGUGGAUUCAACUUAAGGGCAAGAAAGCCAAGAUUUAAGAAACCGAGAGCACAUGCCCAACGACCUGAUCCAAAACCACCUUGGAGUGGUGGAAAGUCUAGCUAAUGACUAUAAAUUCAGCGCUUCUUGAGAGGCAACCCAAGCAUAAAAUUUUCUUUUCUUUUAUUUUUCUUUUAUAGUUCAGAUUUUUUUUUAAUUUUUUCUUUUUCUCUUUAUGGCCUAGGUUAAUGUAUAAAUUUUUGUUCUUUGA